CAGUUAGAACUGGGAAUUCAUAAUAUUAAAACGUCCCACUGUUAAAACAAUGAAAAAUAUAGCAACUUUUCUAUGUAUCCUUGUGGUACUUGGCCUUGGCUGGCUAUACGAAGGCACUGCCCGCGCGGAUAGCGACAGCGACAGCAGCAGCAGCAGUAGCAGUGGGGAGCAUAAAUAUAAAUACGGAGAAAAAAAAAACAAGAACAAAUACAACUUUCCAGCGUAUCCGAGUCCAUACGCAUACAAUCCGUAUCCCUAUCCAUACCCACAAAACAAUUACAACCCAUAUCCGUACAAUCAGUUCAUGCCGUCUUAUCAGCCGCCCAGUUAUAGCCCGUAUCCUUACAACCAGUUUAUGCCACCUUAUCCACCUCAUCAAGGGACUUCGGCUCCGGUUGCGGGCCCAAAUCCAAUCUGGAACUAUAAUGGACCUCCAAAUCAGCAACCAGCUCUCGCUCCGGGACAGGCUCCACCACCACCCGCCUCAAGUGUAAUCAAUCACUCUCUUAAAGUCAACAAAGAAUACAACGAAGACGGACACCAUACUUAGCAAUUUUUUAAAAAUAAAACAACAUUAAACAGAAACAGUGAAAUAAAUUUUCGAGUAUUUAUGCACGCACGCUUUGACUUGAAAUAACUUA